AUGGUGUCUUUUGCAGAACGACCAAAGCAAGACAAACCCGUCAGACAUCUCAACGGCCUGAACGACAUCCGCUUCACCACUCCCGCUCACCCACCUACCUUCGCACCCCCAACCGCAGUACGCACACAUGGCCAAUCAAUCCCGCCUCCCGGCAUCACAGACUACACAUUUGAGCAAUACAAAGCAGCCAACCUCGACACCGACGAUCAGCACGCCUUAAUCGGGUACUUACGAUUCGAACUGCCCGCCACCGACCGCGACGAAGUGGAUAAUGCCUUGCUACGCUCGCUAGCACAGCAACUGCAGCUUGCUACAUAUCUUUCCUCGGCAGUGAAGAGAAUGCUUGACGGAGAACUUCAAAGGGCGUAUGGCGUACAUAUGGAGGAAGAUGUGCUAGAAAGGAAGAACUGCGUUGGUGACGCUGGCACACAGGUUGAGACGAAUGAGUUGUGUGGUAAAGAAGAGCGCCCUUUGGAAGAAGGAAACAAGCCCCCUGUUUUCUCACCUGCAGUACAGACAGCUGUCGCGCAGCCUCGUAUCACACCCACAGCGCCAGGUCAGCAUGCGCAUCUGCCAGUACAGCGGAAGCUAACGCAGCUUACAUCGGACGUCGAUCCAGAGUCCACGCGACCCGUGCAGUCGGAGCUGCCAAGUGCUGAAGCGGUAUGCAUGGCGCAAGAUGACUGUGAUGCAGAGCCGCCUAGAAAGAAGAUUAAGAGGGCGGCGCUGUUGAGCAAGGUGCAAAGGGAUGUUAAGGCGUAUAUUGCAAAGAGGAAGAGGGCGAAACGAGGGGUUAGGAUUGUUACGAUUAGGUCGGAUAGUGCGGCCAGUAAAUGGAAGAUACCUAAUGGAACAUGA